UGGCACAAAAAAUUAUGGCACUGCAUAAGUGCUUUUCUGAUUUCAAUGCAUCUUUCACAUGCCAUCAAGACAAUCUCAUUUUUCAUGCUGAAGUUCCACCUGCCCACUCAUAUUGAGCAGUGCCAAACAUCAUUUUCAUUCAAUUACAAGAAUAGGGUAGGCAGGACUGAUGGAGAAGCACCAGAAUUUGGCUGGGCCAAUAUCAACCCUGUUGCUUUGAGCACCAAAGAAAUAGGACCUUGUGCAUGGUGA